AUGAGCCAGGCCUUCCUGGAGGCUGAGGCUGGGGUGUGCAUGGAGGCCUUCGAGGGGGGCAUGUCCUCGCGGCUUCCAGAGUCGUGGGGCGCCUGCGUCGGUUCCGGCCCGAGGCGCGCCCUUUGGCGCGCGCCCACGCGCCCCGCGCGGCGCGUCAGCUGCGCCGGCCGCUGCGCCCUUGUUGAGCUCUGCUGGGACCUGUUCAAGGCGCAGUGUGAGGACGGCGUCGACAUCAUCAUCUCCACCGCCCUCAUCCCGGGCAAGACCGCCCCCGUGCUGGUCAAGAAGGAGUUCGUGGACAUCAUGAAGCCGGGGUCGGUGCUGGUGGACCUCGCCGCUGAGGCCGGCGGCAACAUCGAGUACACGGUGAAAGACAAGGUCAUCAAGACGCCCGGCGGCCAGGUUGUCAUCGGCUACACCGACCUGCCCAGCCGCCUGCCCACCCAGGCCUCCACCCUCUACUCCAACAACAUCAGCAAGUUCCUGCUGUCCAUGGGCCCCUUCACCACCGGCAAGAAGGACGAGUUCGUGGUCGACUACGACGACGAGGCCGUCAGGUGCGAUCUGAUCUGGGUGACGCGCGCGAUCUGA